CUCUCUCACACACACACACACAGCGGCUGUAGAGCGAGAGGGAGGAGCUGCAGUGAGUAACAGAGAGCGAGCGUGAGUGUAUCUUCAGAGCGCUCGGUCAGCUGUAGUACUAGCAGCAGUGGAGUAUGUGUGUAGAGCAGAGCUGAAUGUGUGUGUGUGUGUGUGUGGUGACCGCCGAAUUACCGCCGCAACCCCUCAGCCUCGCCCUCUUCAGGGUGAGGCCGCCCUCAUGAUGAAGCAAGACGGGAUCCUGGGCCGCCGCAGGUUCUCCACCUGUGGAGGAACCAUCUCGGGCCGCCCGGCUCAUCCCGAUGGACGCAAACUCAUACGCAACGCCUCGUUUGGGGGCUACAACGAGCUGUCCGUCUGCUUGCCAGGUUUUGAUCGUGGCAAAGAGGAAAUCCUGCCUCUGAAAGAAGACUCCUCACUCUCCAUAUCCAAGAGCAAGUCAGAAACCAAGCUCUAUAAUGGCUCAGAUAAAGACGUAUCGGUGUCUGGAAACAAACUUACUAAGAAGGAGUCACUCAAGGUGCAAAAGAAGAACUACAGAGAAGAGAAGAAACGCGCCACUAAAGAGUUGCUCAGCACCAUCACCGAUCCGUCUGUCAUCGUCAUGGCCGACUGGCUCAAGAUCCGAGGCACGCUGAAGAGCUGGACCAAGCUGUGGUGUGUGCUGAAGCCAGGAGUCCUGCUCAUCUAUAAAACCAAUAAGAACGGCCAGUGGGUCGGGACCGUCCUGCUCAACGCCUGCGAGCUCAUCGAGAGACCCUCCAAGAAGGACGGCUUCUGCUUCAAGCUCUUCCAUCCGCUCGAACAGUCCAUCUGGGCCGUCAAGGUACAGAGAAAACUCUGCGGGAGCCAUUCAGAUUAA